GUACAUUGACCCCUCCAAGAAAAUGGCGGGAGCGUCCGAGAAUGGCGGCCAUUGUUGCAUGCCAAAGCUUCUAAACAUAGCUUCCACAAUCGUCUCCGGGCCCUUCUUUUUUCCCGGGAAGCGUCAGCGCGGCCACAUGAAUGAACCCUCGUUCUCCAAUGCCUCCGGCCUUCUUCCUCCUCCGUCCUCUCUGCCAAUGGUGAUGUCAGGCAGAGAGUGUGAGAGAGAAAGAAGAAGCAGUCAAUAAGGAGGAGGAGAAAGAGGAGUGGGGGAAGAAGAGAAGAGCUAGGGAUAGAUUCCGGCCAUGUCGUCGGCGUUCGGCGACUUCGGCCCGCUCACCGAGCGGCGCCGCGCCGAGAAGGCGCGGCAGCAGCGCAGGCGCAUCAUGAUCGCCCUCGGCACGGUGUCCAUCAUCAUUAUCCUCAUCGUCAUGGGCGCCGCCGCCAUCACGUACAGCGGGAAGAAAUCCGAGGAGGACGAAGGCGGCUCCAAGGGCUCGUCGAAGGGGAAAUCGAAAGGCGGCGGAGGUGGAGACGACGAAGACGGCGGCGGCGGCGGCGGCAAAGCGGACCUGCGCGCCGUGUCGAAGAGCAUCAAGAUGAUGUGCGCGCAGACGGACUUCGCGGACUCGUGCGCCACGAGCAUCGGCAAGGCGGCGAACGCCAGCGUGUCGUCGCCCAAGGACAUCAUCCGCACCGCCGUGGACGUGAUCGGCGGCGCGGUCGACCAGGCGUUCGACCGCGCCGACCUGAUCAUGAGCAACGACCCGCGCGUGAAGGCCGCCGUCGCCGACUGCAAGGAGCUCUUCGACGACGCCAAGGACGACCUCAACUGCACGCUCAAGGGCAUCGACGGCAAGGACGGCCUCAAACAGGGCUUCCAGCUCCGCGUCUGGCUGAGCGCGGUGAUCGCCAACAUGGAGACCUGCAUCGACGGCUUCCCCGACGGCGAGUUCAGGGACAAGGUCAAGGAGUCGUUCAACAACGGCAGGGAGUUCACCAGCAACGCCCUGGCGCUCAUCGAGAAGGCCUCCUCGUUCCUCUCCGCCCUCAAGGGCUCCCAACGCCGGCUGCUCGCCGGGGAAGAAGACAACGGAGGAGGAGCAGCGGACCCCCACCUGGCCCUCGCCGAGGACGGCAUCCCGGAGUGGGUGCCCGACGGCGACCGGAGGGUGCUCAAGGGCGGCGGGUUCAAGAACAACCUCACGCCGAACGUCAUCGUCGCCAAGGACGGCAGCGGCAAGUUCAAGACCAUCAACGAAGCUCUCGCCGCCAUGCCCAAGACCUACAGUGGAAGGUACGUGAUCUACGUGAAGGAGGGCGUGUACGCCGAGUACGUGACCAUCACCAAGAAGAUGGCGAGUGUCACCAUGUACGGCGACGGCUCCAGGAAGUCCAUCGUCACCGGCAGCAAGAACUUCGCCGACGGCCUCACCACCUUCAAGACAGCAACCUUCGCGGCGCAAGGGGACGGGUUCAUGGCGAUCGGGAUGGGGUUCCAGAACACGGCGGGGGCGGCGAAGCACCAGGCGGUGGCGCUGCUGGUGCAGUCGGACAAGUCGGUGUUCCUCAACUGCUGGAUGGACGGGUUCCAGGACACGCUGUACGCGCACUCCAAGGCGCAGUUCUACCGCAACUGCGUCAUCACGGGCACCAUCGACUUCGUCUUCGGCGACGCCGCCGCCGUGUUCCAGAACUGCGUCCUCACGCUCCGCCGCCCCAUGGACAACCAGCAGAACAUCGCCACGGCGCAGGGCCGCGCCGACGGCCGCGAGGCCACGGGGUUCGUGCUCCAGAAGUGCGAGUUCAACGCCGAGCCGGCGCUCACCGACGCCAAGCUUCCCCCCAUCCGCAACUACCUCGGCCGGCCGUGGCGCGAGUUCUCCCGCACCGUCAUCAUGGAGUCCGACAUCCCGGCGAUCAUCGACAAGGCCGGGUACAUGCCGUGGAACGGCGAGUUCGCGCUCAAGACGCUCUACUACGCCGAGUACGCCAACAAGGGGCCCGGCGCCGACACGGCGGGGCGCGUCGCGUGGCCGGGGUACAAGAAGGUGAUCAGCAAGGCGGACGCGACCAAGUUCACCGUCGACAACUUCCUGCACGCAAAGCCAUGGAUCGAUCCCACCGGCACGCCGGUCAAGUACGACUUCUUCACUUGAAUCCGAACGACCCUAGCUACCCGUAGCGGAUCGGAGGAAGUCGAGAGGACAGGUAGGGGGGUUUCGUUGGAUAUAUCUUGGAUGGCGAAAGAGUUUCGGCUGUCACUAUACACGAGUGGAAAUGUUGCGAGGUGUACGCAUGAACUCGCUUGUUGAUCAGAUAUUGAUCAGAGUUGAACGCGUGCUGUGUGCCUUAGUUUUCAUUUGCGUUUGUAUACUGGCUGUACGUAUGUGUUUAUGUAACUGUACAUGAUUUUUUUUUCUCGAUCAUGAUUAUAUUUGAGUAUAGCAGAUCAUUUUUUUUUC